ACGUUCGUUAAAAAUGUCGAGAUCGAUGUCGAACUAUGCAAAGUAACAUAUUUAUUUGUAGUUUUAAAAAAAGCAACAAAAAAAAUAAAUGAAUAAAUGGUAGUUCCUCUUUACUGUAAAUAUACAUGAAUUCAGCCUGUGAUGUCAUCAAAACGCGACGUAAACAACGUCUCUGGCAUGGCGCUCCACGGCUGUCUCUGUCGAUUACAGUCGUUACAAAUGUCGAGAACGAUUGUGACUUUCUCGCAGGUUUCGCGAUGUCGUUCGUCGGUUUCCGGACUUUAUCCCCGCUGCCGUCCUGCGGCGCCGCCGACAACGAGCCGCUCUAGUUUGGGCCUGAGUAGUAAUGGUCAUCUUCAGGAACACUCGGAAAGAGUGCAGUCCGCUUGGAGAUGCUUUUCGAGUCAGGCUGUUGGGAAAAUCCAGUCAACACAUUACCACCUGGUGUACACUUGCAAGGUGUGCAGCAGCAGAUCCACGCAGGAGAUCUCCAAGCAGGCUUAUCACAACGGGGUCGUGAUCGUGACGUGCCCGGGAUGCAAGAAUCACCACAUCAUCGCUGACAAUCUGGGCUGGUUCUCCGAUCUGGAAGGGAAGAGGAACAUCGAGGAGAUCCUGGCCGCCAAAGGAGAGACGGUGAAGAGGCUGGGAGGAGGCGACGCUCUCCAAGUGGUCCUGACCCAGCCCGGCCAGGAGAAACGACAGCGUAGUCCUCCUCACCAGGAAACAGCAAACAAGGAGUCGGAUAAGGAUACAUGAAUACAUGCAUGAUCUAGUCAGCUGGUAAUUUUCUAUACCGGCCGCUUAUCCUUGUUAGGCUUGCAGGGGAGCAGGAUCUGAUCCCAACAGACUUUGGCUGAGAGGCGGACACGUAUGGACGAGCGUUCACAAUCAUAUUCACAUCAGUGGACAAUUUCGCAAAGUGAAAAUGCAUCAUUUUUUUGGAAUGUGGCAGGAAGCCACAGUACCUGGAGAAAUCUCACAUAAGCACUGGAAGAACAUGACGACUCCAAAUUCAAACGCGGCAGCUCAGAACAGGUCUUGGUCUAAAGUUUGGUUAUCGCCACGCUAGUUUUGGACUACCAGAAAAACCCUAAGAGAGGUCUCCUUUAAAAUGUCAUGUCCCGCUCUAAAUUUGCACGAUUGUAAUUCCCGUUAAAUGUACUGUCAGCUGUGCAAUUUUAAUAAAGGUAUAAACCAUCC